AUGGUUUCCAGAGAAUGGCCGGGUGCGGCUCCCAAUCACCAAUCACUCACGAUGCCAACAUACCCCAGUAACUGCCUCCAGUUUGCGAAGACGCUGGACGGUGUCCUUCCCAGUUCCUCCAAGCUCACGGGCGCGCCGGUGAAAUUGAACAUCCUUCUUGUCGGAGCGGGUCUCGGAGGGCUGGCCACGGCCAUUGCUCUCACGCAAGCCGGCCACAAGGUCACCAUCUACGAGCAGACGGCCGUGCUGGGGGAAGUGGGUGCGGGGAUUCAAAUCCCGUCCAAUUCAACGCGCAUCUUGUUCGAGCUCGGCCUAGAGCCCUAUCUGAAGCCUUACGUCACCUCGCCAGAGUCUAUCUCCUUCCGUCGAUGGCAGAAUGGGAAGGUGAUUGGAAAGACCAGGUUGCUUCCGGACUUCAUCGAUAACUUUGACGCGCCUUAUUACGUGAUCCAUAGGGCGGACUUUCACUCGGCGUUGUGUCGGAAAGCCCAGGACAUGGGUAUCGAAAUCAAGCUGGGGGCAAGAGUCGCCAAUUACGAUCCGGUGCUGGGUAGCAUCACCCUGGAAGACGGCACAAGUCACACGGGAGACCUGGUCGUCGCGGCGGACGGCAUCAAGUCUGUGGCUCGGAAGGUGGUCCUCAAUGGCGAGGAGAUGCCUUUCCUAAAGCCCGGCUUCGCUGCAUAUCGUGCGGUCGUUGACGUGAACCGGAUGCGAAAUGACCCCGAAGUGUCCUGGAUCCUGGAACGACCUGCACUUAAUAUUUGGAUUGGGGACUCGAGACAUGUCAUGACCUACACGAUUGGGGCGGGCAAAGCCUUCAACAUGGUGCUCUCGCACCCUGAUACCUCCGACCCGGCCACAUGGGACGUGCAGACGGCCCUGCAGGACAUGAAGGCUGAGUUCCAAGGAUGGGACCCAGUCCUCACCAAGAUCAUUGGGAUGGUGGAGAAGACGGUCAAAUGGCCCUUGAUGAGCGGCUCCCUGCUCACUCGCUGGACGAGGGGCAAGUUGGUCAUUCUGGGCGAUGCCGCUCACGCGAUGCUGCCGUAUAUGUCGCAGGGCGCGGCGAUGGCCGUGGAAGACGGCGUGGCUCUGGCGCGCUCCUUAUCCCACAUGCAGUCCCCGGAGCAGCUGUCCGAAGCAUUAGCCAUUUUCGAGAAAGUGCGGAUCGUACGGGCGGGCCAGAUGCAGGAGGCCAGUCUGCUCAAUGGCCGGCUGUGGCAUUUUGCGGAUGGGCCCUUGCAGGAGGCUCGCGAUGCGGCCAUGGCGCGGGAAGUGGAGGGUCUUCCAUUUAGUCACAGUUCAAAUCAGUGGAGUGAUCCGGCUACGCAGAUGUGGUGUUAUGGCUACGAAACUGAGCGCGAGAUUGACCGGGCAUGGACGGAGAGGGAGGGGGCUGCGGAAAGAGUAGACAGUCGAUACCGUAACAUGUUAUGA